AUGGAGUGGAUGGGGAAACAGGGGGUUGGACCAGCAGUAGGGAUGCUUAUAGGUGGUACUGGGGGUACUCGGAUCUGGUAUAUGACAGCAACCAAGAAGUGUCAAACAUUCAUUGAGGAUCUUGUCGGUCAGCCAACUGAGAAGGUAACUGCUCGGUCAGGGAAUGUAUUUUACAUUAACAAUAUCGCAAAUGCGAUUGCAAAUGACUAUGCGAACCCACUUACACGAUUCGCGAUGCAAGACUAUCCUGAAGAUGGUGGAAAUGGAAUGUUGCAGGAGUCUUCGGGAGCCUACUUUAUCCCCGAAUGGUUCUUCCUUGGCUCUCCACCUGUUGAGGACAGUGCCGAACACCACGAACAGCCCAAUGGUAAAAUCCUAUAUGCGCUUGGUCACACUGCUCAACGGACUGAUGCAGGAUUCAUUAUUAAUGAUGAACGGGAAAUUGUCCCAACGGCGAUAUUUGCACAAUCAUAUGAAGAUAUCUCAUCAGAGCGUGAUGAGCUUGAGUGUGGACUCACUGCAUCGUCUGAAAAGGCACAAGGCCGAAUGGUAUACAUGGUCCCACUAAUAAUAUUCAUGGACGAUGUUUCGAGAAACAUCUUGAAGCAAUGGAACAAUCACCAUGCUAUCUACAUGUUGAAUGCCAACCUACCGCGAGAAAUGCUCGAGAAGGAGUUCUUUGUUCGAUUUGUCACAUCAUCACCCCAUGCUGCCCCAAUGGAGCUCAUUAACACAGCGCAGUCUGGUAUUGUCGCAUGGGACUGCAAAGAUGAGGAGGAGGUUAUGCUGAUUCCAAGUGGACUUUUUCUUGCUGGCGACAAUCCUAUGCAGGCUGAGGAAUGCAGUCACGCAGGCCUGAGCUGCAACUAUUUUUGCAGAAUGUGCGAUGUCGGUGGCACGAAAGAACACAAGGCAUCCGAAGAAGGUUAUAAUAGUAUAUUCAAGACUACCAAUGACAUUCGAUAUCAAUUUGAGGCUGCAAUGAAAUCGGGUGCCACCACAAAAGUGCAGAAUGCUGUUUCUUCCACUGGCGUUCGUGACUCUGCCUCCGCAUCCAUUCUUGAGUCACUCGUAGAACUCGGCAAAAAACUUUGCAUCAAUAUUCAUUUGGAUACACCAACAGAAAUCCUCCAUACAGUAUUGUUGGGUGUGGUGAAGUACUUUUGGGGCCAGACUGUGUUUCUCCUGGAGAAAGCAAAACUCUUGCACGUUUUUCAGAGCUGCCUCGAGUUCGUUGACAAAGAUGGAAUGAAUGCACCCUCUCUGAAUGCUGACUAUAUAUGCCAUUAUAAAGGCAGUUUAAUAGGUAAACAUUUCAAGAGCUUAGCCCAAGUAAUGCCCUUCCUGGUGCAUGACCUCGUCCCUUGGACAGUUCUCAAUGCAUGGUCUGUAAUUGGAGAACUCGUUGCGCUUGUCUGGCACACAACAAUACCGGAUACAGAAGAAUAUCUCGCAAGGUUAUCCCAAACAAUUGAGGACUUUCUCAAUGUUACAGCACAAUGUGCUCCGAGCAUCCUCAUCAGCAAGCCAAAGUUUCACUUUUUGGUUCAUCUCCUGGCAUUCAUAUGUCGCUUCGGACCUGCUAUCAUAUUCUCCACCAAGAGAUAUGAAUCAUUUAAUCACAUUUUCCGAUUGUCCUAUAUCGUGAAACACAUCACAAUGGGCAGACAUUGGUAUGAUAGCAAGACCAAGAAAUGGGCCCACCUUCUUGGUAUAUCGAGUAUCUUGCAUGAGCCUCCACUACCUGGCACUGGAAGUCCCGAGACUGCCAUUGGCGCAAACGGGAAAGCACAGCAAACAGACGGAGUAGAAUGGAAGGACACCCAUUGUGCGGAAAUCCUCGGAACACAAUCAGGUCCUUCUUACUGUCUUGGCAAAUCACUCGUGACGAGCAAGGUGGAUAGACAGAUGUCUAUCAGACGUAUCAGCGAGAUUCUGAUAUCACACAGCACCAAUAAAACUGUGGAUCAUGUUGUGCUGCAGGUCUUUUCAUUUGGACCUGCCUUACAUCAAUCACUCUUUCUACAAUGCCUGGACCUUACGGACAAUGAACUAGUUUCAACAGUGGCAGAUAUUAUUUGCACCAUCAAUCUUCAACAUAACUGUAUCGAUUCCAAGUGCAUAGACAUGCGCCAGCAACACGUGCAUCAAGAACGGAUCAAAACCGCUCGAACAAAACCUGUUGUUGAUCAUCAGCCAACUCCAUACUAUUUCCUCAAUGCCUACUCAAUUCACAACUGCGAUUUGAUCAGGCUGGUCAUCCCCAAGGCGCUUUGCGAGUCACCAUUAAGAGUUGUUAAUCCAGCUGAAGUUCGUACUCUGGCCGUGCAGCAGAUGAAAGACAAGAAGGCGGCAAAGAAAGGGGGUGAAAUUCCUUAA